ACGACCCGAUCUCUGCUCGGUUCUCUUCCUUUUCUCUCUCUCGUACGUGCUUUCGAAAAACCGCACAGUUCUUCUCGCUUUUUAUAGCAAAUUUUGAGUCCCCUUUUGGUUCAGUGCUGCCAUUAUUCCUUCGUUUUUUGUUUGAUUCCAUUGUAAUCUGUUCUGUCGUUGUCGUGUUCUAUUUAAUCGAAUCAAGGUUUUGAGAUUUGUAGAUUUGUAGGCUUUAAUGAGGAGGAGUUAGCUGUUGAAGGAGUUUAAAUCAUGGCUUCUGGUGGUUAUAGAAAUGGGAAUGCAAAGGGGGCAGUGAGGUUCGAGAGGCCUCUCUCCUUGAAUUCCAAUGUUAAGUCUUCUUCCUUCAAGUCCAAGCCUGCUCCUUCGCUUUCUUCUCAUUCGUCUGGUAUUCGACGGAGCGGCUCCGGGUCGCUUGGUUUCUCUGGUGCAGUCAAGGAUGAUGCUGGAGUUCCUGGAAGAGUUCGAGUUGCUGUGAGACUGCGGCCCCGGAAUGCGGAGGAGCUUGUGGCCGAUGCAGAUUUUGCUGAUUGUGUAGAAUUGCAGCCAGAGCUUAAAAGGUUGAAACUUCGCAAAAACAAUUGGGAUUCAGACACCUAUGAAUUUGAUGAAGUGCUCACUGAAUUUGCAUCACAAAAGCGUGUCUAUGAAGUUGUGGCAAAACCAGUUGUUGAGAGUGUUCUGGAAGGUUAUAAUGGGACUGUGAUGGCUUAUGGGCAAACUGGUACCGGGAAGACUUUUACUCUUGGACUACUGGGAGAGAAGGACACUGCUUCUCGUGGAAUUAUGGUGCGCUCUAUGGAGGAUAUUCUGGCAAAUAUUUCUCCGGAGACUGACUACGUAUCAGUCUCCUACUUGCAGCUUUACAUGGAGACCAUCCAGGAUCUCCUUGAUCCUGCUAAUGAUAACAUUUCCAUUGUGGAAGACCCGAGAACUGGAGAUGUUUCAUUACCGGGUGCAACUGUAGUAGAAGUAAGGGGCCAGAAGAGUUUUGUAGAGCUGCUUCGAUUGGGGGAAGCUCAUCGGUUUGCUGCAAAUACAAAGCUGAAUACUGAAUCUUCUCGCAGUCAUGCUAUUCUAAUGGUACAGGUUAAAAGGUCUGUCAAGGAAAGAGAAGCAGAUCUUCCAAGUGAAAAUGGCAAUGCCUCCCACUUGAGCAAGACUAUAAGACCACCUGUUGUUCGGAAAGGCAAGCUCGUUCUCGUAGAUCUUGCUGGUUCAGAGCGUAUUGAUAAAUCAGGAAGCGAGGGGCACACUUUAGAGGAAGCUAAAUCUAUCAAUCUCUCGCUAAGUGCAUUAGGAAAGUGCAUAAAUGCUUUGGCAGAAAAUAGUGCACAUGUGCCAGUUCGUGACUCAAAGCUUACAAGGUUGCUUCGAGAUUCAUUUGGGGGUACAGCAAGAACUUCGUUGAUUGUAACAAUUGGGCCAUCUCCACGACACCGAGGAGAGACUGCGAGUACCAUAAUGUUUGGACAAAGGGCUAUGAAGGUGGAGAAUAUGGUGAAAAUAAAGGAAGAAUUUGAUUACAAAAGUUUGUCAAGACGACUUGAGAUUCAGUUAGAUAAAAUUAUUUCUGAACACGAAAGACAGCAAAAAGCUUUUGAGGAUGAAGUUGAAAGAUUAACUAUAGAAGCACAAAAUCGUAUCUCUGAGGUGGAAAGAAACUAUGCUGAUUUGUUGGAGAAGGAGAGAUUGAAAUACCAGAAGGACUAUAUGGAAUCCAUAAAGAAACUUGAGGAACAGUGGUUAAUGGACCAGCAAAAGCGUGAUAAAGAGAAAAUUAGGGUGGAGCAUAAAGACGAAUGUUUGGACAAAACAUGCAGCAGGGAGGGCCCCUUGGUGUCUGUUACUGAGGAAGUCACUGAGCUCAAACAGUCACUGAAGAGUGAAACUCAUUUAAGAAAGGCUGCUGAAGAAGAGUUGAAAAUUCUUAAAAGUCAGCAAGCACAAUGGAAGAAUUCUGAGGCAUCUGCAAAUGUUGAGAUAUUAAAGCUCCAUAAGACGCUGGAAGACGAGGCACGUCAGAAAGAGAAACUUGACGAAGAAAUCACAAUACUAAGAAGUCAGUUGUUGCAAUUGAGUUUUGAAGCUGAGGAGAGAAGCCAAAAUCUUGAAAGAGGUGGUCCUGGAAAAAUCUUAUCCGGUUUGGAUUCCCUCGUGGCUCAAGUUCGGCAUCCACAGGUCAGAGAUACAGGAAAUGGACAAAAAGCCUCCAUUGCAAAACUCUUUGAACAAGUUGGAUUGCAGAAGAUCUUGUCCUUGCUUGAAUCAGAAGAUGCUGAUGUACGAAUUCAUGCGGUAAAAGUUGUGGCCAAUCUGGCAGCUGAAGAAGCAAAUCAGGAGAAGAUUGUCGAAGCUGGUGGUCUUACAUCCUUGCUAAUGCUUCUUAGAGGCUCGGAGGAUGAGAUGAUACGCAGAGUAGCUGCUGGUGCGAUUGCCAACCUUGCAAUGAGUGAAACCAACCAAGAACUUAUAAUGGCUCAAGGUGGCAUUAAGUUGUUGUCAAUGACUGCAGCAGAUGCUGAGGAUCCACAAACUCUUCGAAUGGUUGCUGGAGCCAUUGCAAAUCUCUGUGGAAAUGGUAAUCUGCCUUGUAUCUUCUGUUGUUUUUAUGACAAUAUCUGACCAAUAACAUCCAAC